CGACCUGUAACGGUAGUAUUGACAGAGUGAGUCGCCAAAGACAUUUCCAACGAGUAAGAUGGAAACUAGUGGUUUAUUCAAUCCUGCUUUUAGAGUGAAAGUCGAGCCUUGUGAUGUUUUGCUUACCCAAAAUAAUUAUGAAACCAUCGACGCGAUACCCGUAACUGAAAACGUCAAAAACGAAAGGUUUUUUCAAGAAAACUGGACCCAAGAGUUUCAAGAAAAUAAGCUUGACGACAUUCAAAUCGAAUUGGAAUGUACAGACAUGAAGCCCAAUUUAUUGGCAGUUGCGAAAAUAGAAGAUUAUUCUCCAAGUCAAUGGCCGGAUAGCGAUGAGUAUAAAACCAGAAGCACAAUAAAAGUAGAAACUGUCGGGUCAGUGAAGAAAGAAAUUUUGAGAGAAGGAGAAAAUGAUUUAAAUUUAGGACGUGGACUCAGCGAGAAAAAUAAAAAAAGCAGUGUUUUGAAAGGGAUGAACUAUAAACAUAGGCUAAUAACUCAGAUUGAAUCAGUUCGUAAUGCCAAUAUCAAACAUGCAUGUGGUACUUGCGGAAAAGUGUUCAAACGAAAUCUCAAUAGACACAUCGAUUCGGUACAUCGUAAAAUAAGACAUGCAUGUGAUAUAUGCCAAAAGACAUUCACACAGAAAACGAAACUCAAAAUCCACAUAGAUUCGGUACAUCGUGAAAUCACGCAUCCAUGCGAUGUAUGCCAAAAGACAUACUUAGACAAGAGUACUCUCAAAAAACACAUCGAUUCGGUGCAUAAUGGGGUCAGACAUGCAUGCAAUAUAAGUCAAAAUUCGUUCUCAGGGAAGAAUAGUCUAAGAAAUCACAUCGAUUCGGUGCAUCGUAAAAUAAGGCAUGAAUGCGAUAUAUGCCAAAAUACGUUCUCAAAAAAGAACAGUCUCAAACAACAUAUUGAUUCCGUGCACAAUCGAGUCCGACAUGCGUGUGAUAUAUGCCAAAAGACAUUCUCAGAGAAAGGCACUCUCAAAACUCACGUCGAUUCGAUGCAUUAUAAAAUUAUGCAUCCAUGUGAUGUAUGCCAAAAGACAUUCUCAAACAGGAGUAAUCUCAGAAAACACAUCGAUGCGAUUCACAAUGGAAUCACCCACGCAUGUGAUUUCUGUGAAAAAAAAUUUAAAUAUCAAAGUGAAAUUGCUAGACAUAAAAAAUUGUCGCACAAUGGUAUUAUACAUUCAUGCGAGACAUGCGGCAAGACAUUCGGACAGAAAAGAAAUCUCAGAGCUCACAUCGAUAUGGCGCAUUCCUCGCUCAAUAAGUCCCAAUAAAUGUUUAAAUUUAUGUUCAAUUGUGAAUAAAACAGCGUCUAGUACAUUGUUUGUGAAAUUAGGAGACUUAUUAGAAAAUGAUAAUUCAUUGCAACAAUUUUAUUCUUCGUUAUGUUAUUUCGCUGUCGCGUACCUAAAAAUAACGUUCAAGAUGGAAAAACAGUAAUAAUGAGCUCAAUUUGAUUCUUUAAUAAUAAAAAAAUGAUGAACUUUUCUAUCGGAUUCUUUUCAGAAUAUUCAAAAUGUUCGAACAAAUGUGUAUAAAGAAACAGGAAAACUUCAAUUCA